AUGACCACUCUUCUUCUUUUACAGAACAUUAUUCGUUGUAUCUCGCCUCGGAAACUGCAAAUUUGGCUUACUAAUCAAGAGGUCAUAUUUACAGGCAUUAAAGAGAUAGAAAUGCAAAUACAAGCCAGGAAGACUGUUCUUCCAAAUAGUUAUGUGGGUUCAAUCGAAGGCCGGGCUUCAGACUUUCUGCGUCUCUUUAGGGAGUGUAAGCUCUUCUCAGACAUUGAUUUUCUUAGGGAUAAGGAAGUAGCCCAAGUGACUGUUGAGGAGGGUGAGUAUGUUCUUUACAUUGAUUGUCCCUUUAAGACAAGAGAAGCACCCGAGCUUAUCGAGCCAGAACAAUUAGUACUAGUUGAUUUGAACAUUGAAAUGAUCAAAAACCUAGCCGUUUAUGAUGCCAAAACAGCUCAAUUUACCUUUACUACUAAACAGCUCAAAAUAACUAUCAGUGGAACAAUUCAGUCAGAGUCUCUUCAACAUUCGCCUAAAUACUUGCAAGCGGAUGGGUUGCCCGCUUUGUUUAUUACCACAGCGGCCAGUAUCAGUGCUUUAGUAGCUAUUUGCCAACUAGAUCCAGAGCGAGUUGUUUUAGGAGUUAACAAAACACUAGCUGUGUUUCGCUUCUACUUUCCAGACUUAACCCUAACUCUUUAUAGCCAAGGAACUCUUCUACCAAUGGGGUGA